CAAAGGCUUUGUUUCUCUUUAUCUUCAUUUUUCUUAUUUCAGAAGCCUCACAUUUCCUUUCACUCUAUAUAACCAAACGCUUUAUUUGUUUCUACUUUUGUUGUUAGAAACGUUAUGGAUGCGUCAUAUGAGACGACGGAGAGAACAGAUAUACUGCGACCGUUGGUGGAUCAAAAAUCUCCAUCGGACGUCGGACUCGAGAGUGUUUUAACGGAGAGUAGCCUUCCUUACCGGAGGCGCGUGUACUUAGGCGCUUGUAUAGAAAUGAAACUACUUUUCCGCUUAGCACUUCCGGCGAUACUUGUCUAUAUAGUCAAUAGCGGAAUGAAUAUCUCUGCACGAAUCUUUGCCGGACAUAUUGGCGGUAAAGAACUCGCUGCCGCUUCCAUCGGAAACAGCUGCUUCAGUCUCGCCUAUGGCCUCAUGUUAGGUAUGGGAAGUGCAGUGGAGACUUUAUGUGGACAAGCACAUGGAGCACACCGUUAUGAUAUGCUUGGGAUAUAUCUCCAGAGAGCAACGAUCGUCCUCGCUCUGGUUGGUUUGCCUUUGACACUACUAUACACUUUUUCGUACCCGAUUCUAGUCCUCCUAGGCGAGCCCAAAAGUGUGUCGUACAUGGCUUCCAUGUACAUUGCUGCACUUAUCCCUCAGAUCUUCGCUUACGCCGUCAACUUCACGGCCCAAAAGUUCCUCCAGGCCCAAAGCGUGGUGACACCCAGUGCGUACAUCUCAGCCGCUGCAUUUCUCCUCCAGACCGUGCUAACGUGGGUCACCGUUUACGUGAUGGGCUUAGGUCUUAUGGGCAUCGCUUAUGUUCUGACUAUCUCUUGGUGGCUUAUAGUUGUGGCCCAGACUUUGUAUAUUACAAGUAGUCAAAGAUUUAGACAUACAUGGACUGGUCUUAGCUGGAGAUCGUUCCAAGGUCUUUGGAGCUUCUUUAAACUCUCUGCUGGUUCUGCUGUGAUGAUUUGUCUGGAAAUGUGGUAUUCGCAAAUUCUGGUUCUUCUCGCUGGUCUGCUUAAAGACCCUGCUCUAUCUCUAGACUCUCUCUCCAUCUGUAUGUCAAUUUCAGCAUUAUCCUUCAUGGUCUCUGUAGGCUUCAAUGCGGCUGCAAGUGUACGGACAAGUAAUGAACUUGGAGCAGGAAAUCCAAAAUCAGCUUUGUUCUCUACAUGGAUGGCGACUUUUGUUUCCUUCGUGAUCUCCGUCGUGGAGGCACUCGCGGUGAUGGUGUCACGUGAAUACGUCAGCUACAUUUUCACGGCCGAUGAUGAGGUGGCUAAAGCCGUCUCUGACCUCUGCCCGUUUCUCGCCGUCAGCAUCAUCCUCAAUGGAAUCCAGCCCGUCCUGAGCGGAGUGGCCGUGGGAUGUGGAUGGCAAACAUUCGUGGCAUAUGUAAAUGUUGGUUGUUACUAUAUUGUUGGUAUUCCUGUUGGGUGUAUUUUAGGGUUCACUUUCAAUUUUCAAGCCAAGGGAAUAUGGACUGGUAUGAUUGGAGGUACCCUCAUGCAAACCCUCAUCUUACUUUACGUCACGUACCGAACAGAUUGGGAUAAAGAGGUGGAAAAAGCGAAUAAGCGAUUAGAUAUGUGGGACGAUAAGAAGUAGCCUCUUCAAUAUGUGAAUAAUUGAUGUUUUAACAUUCACUUAAAACAUAUUGCUUUGUCUAUUACUUUUUUGACUACGGAUAAGAAAUGCGAUUUGCACAUGAUAAAUUUAUAUAAAAAUUAUUUAAAAAAUAUUAUACAGAAAAAUAAAUUUAUAUUCUUGAUUGAAUUAAUAUUUUGGUCUUUAAACAAC